AUUACACGUGGUCAAAAUUGCAAACAUGAUGUUUUACUUCUUUGUCCUUGCACUAGCUGCUACAGUGCAGUCCGUUAUGUACGGCCCUGGAGCUCCUCUCUCUAGCGACCCAAGACUGAUAGGGGUCAACGCUAACCCCUUUGCAGAUUUCAUGAGACUUCCCAUCCAAAUGAAGCAAUGUAGGGCCACCACUCAUUUCAGCGCCGAUGCCAUUUUUGACCAGAGUUUUGUUUGUCCAAAGAACAUUGAACGUCCUCAGAACUGGCCAAUCACAAAUACCGACAGAUUCUUUAUUCCAGAUCCAGAACUUCAGGGUUAUAAUCAGCAACCUCUCUACAAAGCUUUUGCUAAUCCACAAAACAAUCCAGAUGCCAUGGCUUACUACAAACAGACAUAUGACGCCUUGGAGACAUGGAAAUACUCCGGACUGGAGCAGGAGUUCUCUCAGUGUUUCUCCGAUCUCUACAGAUACGAAGAUGCCGUCCAAAUCACAAAAUAUAAACUUGAUCCUGUCUGUAAGACAACACUGGUCAAUCUGACCGAUGAGGCUAUCUGGCACAACUAUAACGGGAGGGACUACAAGUGUUUCAUCCCCUUCCCCCAGCAACUCACAGCCGUCAAGUGUACUCACCCACGAUACUCGAAUAUGGAUAAGUGCCGACUUGGAUAUGGUGUCAGAAAUGAAUACAGAUGCGCUCCAACCAACUUUGUCCGCAGGAAGGUUAAUCUUGUUUGUCCAGAAAUCCAGAUGGUCUUUGUCCGAUCCUUCGAUGUCCCAACCGCCUGCAGCUGUAAACUGUGUUACGAAUGUGAUAAUGUCAUCCCUGAUCCAAGAGCCUACUUGGGGUUUCCUAAUGUUGGAAAAAAGUAAACUGAAGGCAAUGCAGAACCAAAUUAACUUAAGAUGAUCUUUACUAAGGGUUAUCUUCUGUUAAUAACUGUCUCUUUUCAUUGCUAUGAAACUGAAACAACCAAAGUGCCAUAAUGUGCGCAUCUGAAUUAAGGUCUUUCGAGAGUGAGUUUGUGUGUGUGUGUGUGUGUGUGUGUUUGUGUGUGUAUAAAUCACGUUCGGGCAUGUGCAAUUUCCUUAUUUGGUAUGUGAUGUGUAAUUUAUUUUGUCUUUUUUGUAAUUGUAAAUGCCGAAUUUUGUAUUAUCAUCUUGUAUAUUAUCAUCCUUCGAUUAUUUGAAGUCCCUAUUAUACUGUUGAGAUUUUUGGUGCAAUAAAAACUUAAACCUUA